AUGACUGUUGGCAAUGAUCCGAUGUCGAUAGCAGUCCAAGGCGCGGCCUUGGUAAGCCUGGUCUGGAGCUGUGCUGUCUUCCUCGUCCAAACCAUCGGGAUCACCCAACUCCUCCGUAACCACACUCCGACGCGUCCGAAGCCAGUGUCCCCCUCCUUAAAACCUGAGGAGAUCCCGCACAUCACGAUAAUCCGGCCCGUCAAGGGCGUCGAAGUCGGUCUCUACGAGUGUCUAGCCUCGACCUUCCGGCUCGCCUACCCAAAGUCAAAGUUGACCAUCCACCUCUGCGUCUCAUCCGCCGAUGAUCCGGCAUACCCGCUUCUGCAAAAGGUCGUCGCAGACUUCCCCGGUUUCGACGCCAGGGUGCUAGUCGAGGAGGAUGACCCCUUACUGCAUGGGACCGGCGGCCAUGUCAACAACCUUGGCCCGAACCCCAAGAUCCGCAACAUGAGCCGCGCAUACCGGGAGGCCAAAGGAGAAAUCAUAUGGAUUGUCGAUUGCAAUGUCUGGGUCGGGACCGGCUCGGCGGGGAGGAUGGUGGACAAGCUCUACGGGUUCCGCCCUGACGGCGCGAGAACAACCCCUUACAAACUAGUGCACCAGCUGCCGCUUGUCGUCGACAUCGAGGAACCAAAAGCCGCCGAAGAACUUGGCCUACUGUCCAACGACACAAAACAGCCGCGUGCGCCCAAAAGCCUGCUCGACCACGGCGGCCGGCUCGAGGAAAUGUUCAUGUCGACCACGCACGCCAAGUUCUACAGCGCCAUCAACACGGUAGGCAUCGCGCCCUGCAUCGUUGGCAAGAGCAGCAUGUUCCGCAAAGCCCACCUCGACACCAUGACCGACCCAGCGCAGAACCCCAUCCUCCCCGCCUCCGACGCGACACGCGGGCGCGGACUCGACUUCUUCUCCUCCUACAUUUGCGAGGACCACCUAAUCGGCGACCUCACCUGGCGGUCAUCCCCCACAAACACAACAACACCAACAACAACCACCCCGGGGAUCGGCAACCACGCGCUCGUGUUCGGCGAGGUAGCGAUCCAGCCCAUGUCGGGCAUGUCGGUGGCGGCGUACGUGGCGCGGCGGGUGCGGUGGCUGCGCGUGCGCAAGUGGACGGUGCUGCUGGCGACGCUCGUCGAGCCGGGCAUCGAGCCGCUGCUGUGCAGCGUGCACCUGUCCUUUGCGCUGACCACGCUCCCCUGGGCGCGCGCCGCGCUCGGCCUCCAGCCCACGUGGGCUGCCAUGGCGGCGGUGUGGGCGGCUACGGUCACGGCGUGGAUGGUGCUCGAUCGUUGGUUCACGAGCAGGAUGCGGCGGCUGGAAAGUGUCGAGGUGGAUGAGAACACGCCUGCCUUUGCGCGUGGGGCGGGCAGGCAAGGGGGCAUCAAGCAGCGGCCGUUCUUGGAGUGGCUGCCUGCUUGGCUGGGGAGGGAGGUGUUGGCACUGCCCAUCUGGACGUGGGCGGUCCUGCUGGGCGCCACUGUGAACUGGAGAGGCAAGCAGUUCCUGGUGCGUAUGGACAUGAGCGUCGUGGAGGUCGAGGGCAGCCAGCCGCUGGCGUCGGCGCCCUCGGCGGAAGACAGCCGUCCUAAUUCUCGUAAUAAAGACCGCGUGGACUAG